GCAGGAUGUGCGAGGUUUGAUGGUAACUUAUCACUCGCACUUAGGUUUAGAGAACACAUCUGGGGGAAGGAGAGAAAGAGAUCGAGUGCCGGAAGGGCGGACAGGGUUGUAGUGACUGACCGCCGCCAGUUUUUCCUGUGCCGUAACACCCAUGGAGAGAGAAGAAAUCUGAUAGGCGACGAAUGGAUUUGUAUGUUUCUCCCUCUCCUAAAUGGUUCUGAAAAAUAAGAACUGCAUUAGACUGACUAAAUACAACAGAUUAAAUAAUCCUUGAGUUUACUCAAAAUGAUAUUGAACUGAGUAUGGAGGCAAGUGUUGUCUUAGAAUAUUGGUUAUUGAGGACAUUUAGCUCCAACUAAAGCAGCAGGAUUAUAAAAUGGAAACAAAUGGAAAAAUUAGACAAAAUAGUCUCCCCUGAAGACCAAGCAUGCUGUGAAGAUGUUUUGCAAAACAACUUACCUUGAAGAUACUGUGACUUCACACUUACUACCUUCUACUGACAUAUUUAGCCUGCUCAGAAAUGUUUUUUGCAUUUUCUAGAAAAAAUGUGUCCCAAAAAUUGAGUUUAUUAUUGCUAGUUUUUGGUUUUAUCUGGGGCAUAAUGUUACUGCGCUACACCUUUCAGCAUCCAAGACAACAGAGCAGUGCUGAAUUGCGUGAACAAAUUCUUGACUUAAGUAAAAGAUAUGUUAGAGCCUUAGCAGAAGAAAACAAGAAUGUAAUAAAUGGUGAUAAUGGAGUUGCAAUGGCGGGAUAUGCUGAUCUGAAAAGAACAAUUGCAGUUCUUCUAGAUGACAUCUUGCAACGCUUGGUCAAACUAGAAAACAAGGUUGAUUAUAUGGUUGUAAAUGGUUCAACAACAAAUACUACAAAUGGGAACUUAAUGCCAUCAACUACAAUCAAAAGAGUAAAUGCAGCACACAAUAUAAGAUAAUAAUCAAAAUACUUUGCACAGGUGGAACGGUUUUGAUCUAAUUUUUCUUCAGGAAAGAAACAAACUGUUGGCUAAAGGCAAUCUAUAUCCAGUUGCAGCAGAAAAAAAUGAACAUGUAGAGACCCAAUAUCUUUACCUAAAAAUCUUUGUGUUAAAAAAGUUGCUUCAUAAAGCAACAUUUGCACUGUAACUUUUAAAAAGGUGUAUUGGUAGUAAAACUAUUGUAGGAAAG